AUGGCUACAAUCUCCAAAUCCCUGCAAAGCCUCAAAAGGUUCACCACUUGCGACAUUGGCGACGCGCUCGUGAAACUCAAGCACCCAUACGGUGGCUUCUUAGAUGGCCUGAAGAUGUACUCCCCGGGCGCGGGAACGAGUAUCUAUGGGCCUGCCAUUACCGUGAAGAUGGUAGAAACCAAAAGCCCCGGCCCCACGCCUCCCUUGCAUUUCGCAGACGCGAACCAAGAGGGUCAUAUCAUGUAUAUCCAGCAGCCGAAGGGCCUGCCUUCUGCCUGCUGGGGUGGUCUGAUGUCAACCCGGGCUCAGAAGCUGGGUGGCCUGGGAGUCAUUGUUGAUGGGCGUAUGAGGGACGCGCAGGAACAUCGUGAUAUGGGAUUUCCUGUCUUCGCCCGAGGUACUGCUGUUCUUGGUUCUAAUACUUUCAGUCGUGCGUCGGAAAUCAAUGUCCCGCUCCAGUUCAAGGGUGAUCUCUGGGUGUACCCGAAGGAUAUCCUUGUGGGCGAUGAGAAUGGUGUAGUUGUUGUUCCUCCUUCGUUGCUCGAGCAGGCACUGGAGUUGUGCCAGGAACGGUUUGAAAUCGAUGAGAAGAUCAUGGCGGCACUCAGGGCUGGCGAUUUAUUUGCAUCGACUAUUCAACAACAGCGUAAGUAG